CCUGUGUCAAGACAAUAACCUAGACAAUUAUACGUUGCAUAGUCAAACGUCAUUUACCUAUCUAGCUAAUGCAUCUUUUGCCAAUUAUUGGCAUGUCGAAGGCUAGUCGAUGCAAGAAUAGCUAGUUACAACAGUAAUUUGAUAUUACAAACUUAACGGGUGCUUUAAAGGCUAAUUGCAGAUAAUUUGUGAGACGAAAGCCUAUCAGCUAUCUCAAAUUCAUAUCGUGCAAUAACUAUACAUAGCUAAUAUUGUAGCUAGCUAGAUGGCUAGUGUAAACAAACAAGGUAGCUAGUUAGCUAGCUAGCUUCCGCUCUGGCUGGGUGUGUGGCUUGUUUUGACAGCUGUCUGUGAAGAUGACGCCACGCGACAGGUGCUCUGAAGUCUCGGACGUCUGUGGUUUGGUCAGGGCAUGUCAGUAGCUGAGUAACUCAGCUCAUUUUCCUUGUAGCGAUUGACUUAAGAGAAAAAUGAGUUAAGUUAUCUGUUUUGAAUAUGUUGUCAGGGUCCUUCUGGGCUAAGCAUACUCGUAACUCGCUUUCGUUCUGUAGCUAGUUUUACUAUCUGAAGUGCGAUCAGUGUUAACGUUACGGCUAGCAAGAGACAGUAUUGAUUCCCCACCAGAUGAUGGCACUUAGAUAAAUGUAGCUACUUUUUGAAUACGCCUAGAUACCUUUUAUUUUUUGUCCUGUACAACUGCGGUCCUUCAUGUGCGUUCACAAAAUAAAUAUAUUUUAAUAAAAUCAAUUGUGGAAGGUAUUUAACCAAUAUCGUUUGGGCCAUUUGAAUUCCAGUUUACCAAGUAAGGUAUGUCCGACAAUCAAAUUUGGAUUGGAAGCCGUUUUUAUAGAUGAACUGGGAUUCUGUAGAACAGAAAGUUAGUGUUUGUGUUACAUAAACCUUAUUAAAAGUAUGAAUUGAAACCCUCUCAAGUACAGCGGUUGAACAGGACAAGUACGACUGUUGAAACCCACGAAAGAUAGCUGCUUCACUAUUGCAGUGGGAAGAAGAUCCCCACCAGGCAAGAGUCUGUCAACCCACAAAUGACAGUUAUUUAGAGGGGAAAUGACCUUGUCCACAACAUAAUUUUUCUAAGCUGGAGUUGGGGUUGCAAGGAUGAGGAUCUGAGGGAAUCUUUUGCCUCACUUGUAGGAGGCAAAUCCUUACUUUUCCUGUCCCUCAACAAAAAUCCUAAGAUUCCCCCCAUUAAUAUGAACCAUGGACUCAGGCGCAGUUGACAGUCCUGUUACCUUAGUCAUCAAGGCCCCCAACCAGAAGUAUGACGACCAGACGAUAAACUGUUUUCUCAACUGGACGGUGGAGAAACUGAAGAGUCACAUCUCUAAUGUGUACCCAAGCAAGCCGUCAUCAGAGGAUCAGCGCCUGGUGUACUCGGGACAGCUCCUCCAGGACCACCUACAGCUGAGGGAUGUCCUAAGGAAGGAUGGGUAUCACAUGAUGCACCUGGUAUGUGCCUCGCGAACCCCCCCAGUGUCACCCAUGCCUGGCAGCCCCGCCCCUGUGACCUCUGACCCCAGCGCCAUGAGUUCAGAAACUACUGGCUCCAAUUCCCAAGCUCCAACACUAAAUCAGGACAGACAGCCCGCAUCCUCCUCAAUAGCAGGAAGUUAUGAUGGACUCCGGCAUCGUGGAGGAUUCCCACCGUUCAACUCUCCAAACCCUACCUCCACUGGAAUAACGCAAUGGCCAGAUGGGACCCAGGUCCCUGUACAGGGGGGAGGUACAGCUGCAGGUGUCUCCCCCCAGCCCAUGUACAUGUCCAUGCAGGUGCUCUGGUGGCAACAGAUGUAUGCACGCCACUACUACCUGCAAUAUCAAGCAGCAGUGGCAGCUUCCCAGCCCCCCUCCACUCCUCCUUAUUCCUCCAGUCCCACCCUCUCCCCCGAACCUGCACAGCCCAAUGAGCCCCCGGCUCCUCUCGGGCCAAAUCCCGCCCCUAACCCCAUCCCUGAGGACAGGCCGGCCAAUCCCAACAUCCAGAUGAAUGCGCAGGGCGGGGCUGUGCUUAAUGAGGAUGAGUUGAACCGUGAUUGGCUGGACUGGAUGUACACGGUGUCCCGCGCCGCCAUUUUGCUCAGCAUCGUGUAUUUCUACUCUUCCUUUAGCCGCUUUGCCAUGGUGAUCGGUGCCAUGCUAAUGGUCUACUUGCACCAGGCGGGUUGGUUCCCUUUCAGACCAGACUUCCAGAACCAGAGGCGAGGAGGAGGGUUGGGUCAUCAGGAGCAGGCAGAGAGACACCAGGACCUCCAGGAGAUGGAGCGGAUUAUGGAUGAAGGCCUGGAGGAUGAGGAUGGUGACAGUGGAGAAGAAGGCCCAGAUGACCCUGGCACCCCCACAAGCCCCCGCCACCCGGGCUUUCUGGCUUCCGCCUGGUCCUUCAUCCGCACCUUCGUCACGUCCCUCAUCCCAGAGGGACCCCCCCACCCCGCCAACUAGAACAGAGAUGGGGAUGCCCCAUCAACAACCCCCAUGCUGCCAACUAACAGACUCAAAGAGCCGAGAACUGUACAUGGGGUAGAAAUGUGGAAUUAAUUGGUGGACAUCAAACAAGCCCUUAUACUAUGUCAUGUUAAAUCAAGCUAACAAAACUUUCUGCUUUGAGCUCACAAAGUGGUACACUCACACACGAAUAGUUUCUGUUCAUUCAGAUAUCGAUGGCAAUAAAGGCCUUCAAGGAUUUUAUCUUC